GCCUACCCUUUCAGCUGGUGUUAGUCCUGCCUUGUGCACUACAGUACCUUACCACAUACCUGCUACCUAUCUGCCUGCCGACUACUAGUGGUAGUACUGGACGUACACUCCGAAAACAACCCCACGAAACUCAAUCUUGAAUCUUGCUCUCCACGGUUCAGCCGCCCCUUGCAGUUUCAUUUCCAUCCACAAUGGCACCUACUCAUCGUCGUGGACCCUGGGUCCCAGAGGAGGAUCAGCUACUCCUACAGUUGGUUCGUGAACAAGGCCCCAACAACUGGGUUCGUAUUUCUCAGCACAUGCACUAUCGUUCUCCCAAGCAAUGCCGGGAGCGAUUCCACCAGAACCUGAAGCCCUCAUUGAAUCGCGAGCCAAUCUCGGCUGAAGAAGGCUUGAUGAUCGAGCGCAUGGUGAAUGAGAUGGGCAAGCGGUGGGCUGAGAUUGCCCGGCGCCUGGGGAACCGUAGCGACAAUGCGGUCAAGAACUGGUGGAAUGGCAGCAUGAACCGCAAGAGACGAGGCCUGCCCACUUCUCCUCACUCCGGACGCACUCUUCACGGACGGAUCGAAGCUCCCUAUGCACGCACUUCUUUGGCUCUGAGCAGCCCCAUUAGCCGAUCCCGCUACUCCUCUAUCUCCAGCGAGAGACCGAUUUCCUCCUGGACCAAGUCUCCCUCUUCCCGCCGGGAAUCCUUGUCAGCAUCUUCGAUCAACUGCCCUCGGCAGUUGACGCCCAUCUUUACCCUUCCCGCCCUCAACCGCCCAGUGGAAACGCCUUUGACUUCGCCCACCUACUCAGAUGCCCCCUCAAUGGAGCCACCAUCGAUGGUCUCGGAUCACAACUCGGUCUCUUCCUCGCCCAGAACCGUCGCCUCUCCUCAACUUCUCCCUGUGCCGGUGAGUGUGAGACACCUCUAUGGCGAUGCUCGCAGACAAAGCGCAUCAUCCUUUCAAACGACCGACGAAAGCUACCUCCCCAAUCCCUACUACGGCAUCAAAACGCUGGAACCCCUUUCAGAUCUGUCUUUCAAGCAACGAUGGACUUCCGACUACCAGCCGUGGAACCGACCAUCUUCGUUAUCAUCACCUACCUGGUCUGUCGCUUCAGAAGAUAAGACCGACUCGCCACGUGAUUCCCGCAUGGGUCUGCAAAAUCUGCUCAACUGAUUUACGGUGGUCCUUUCGUUGACCUGCUGAGAACGAUUGCAUGACUCCUUCUACUUCGCCACGAUAUCUCCAGCCAUUUCUCUGUA